CCAGCCCACACACAGACCCCCAACUUGUGGCUGUCCAUCUUGUCCACGGCUCCGGAUCGUCCUAUCUUUAGUCACAGUCAUGGCUCGGAUGCUGGCUCUGCACCUCCUUAUCCUGGUCCUGACUUUCUGCAUCCCCUCGACCCAAGGCAGCGAUGGAGGGGGUCAGGACUGCUGCCUCAGCUACAGCCAGAGGAGAAUUCCCUACCACGUUGUCCGCGGCUACCGGAAGCAAGAACCCAGCUUGGGCUGCCCUAUCGCAGCGAUCCUGUUCGCCCCCCGAAAGCGCUCUCAGCCAGAGCUGUGUGCAGACCCAAAGGAAGAUUGGGUGCAAAAGCUGAUGCAACGCUUGGCUGAGCCACCAGCCCUGAGGAAACCAGGCCAGGCCUGUAGAAAGAACAGGGGGACCUCCAAGUCUGGAAAGAAAGGGAAAGGUCCCAGAGGUUGCAGGAGGACCGAACAGACACAGAGCCCCAAAGGCCCGUAGUCCAGUGACCAGCCUGAAGCCCAGAAGACCCUCCACCCACCAACCUGAACAGGACUUGGAGCCCUGAUAUGAGGGGCUAAAGGGGGGGCUAAAAAGAACUGAGGGGCUCCAGAGCAACUACAUCCCACCCGCUUUCUCCUGCUUGAACCAGCCCACCUGCAUUCCCAUUACCUCCUGCCUUGCAUGCGGGAGCCACCAGGUCCAGAGAGGGAGAACGUUGCCCAGGGAGGAGACAGUAGGGCUGGCCCCUUGGGGAGGUCACACAGGACCAGAGAGGCUCCCCACUGCACCCCCACCUUUCCCUUGAAAAUGUUCAUUUAGACCUAACUGAAUAAAAUCCAGUUCCAGCCUCUA